AUGGGGAAAGGAGCCCGCUCGAACGCAGCUAAAAGGACCGCCGUCGCUUGUGCGGGUGACGGAAAAGAGCAGCAGCGCAAGGCGAUGCCGCCGGAGACAAACGCGCAGAAGCUGGCCCGGCUGCGGGCGCUGGUAGCGUUCGGCAAGGCGGCGAACGCGGAAGCCACGCGCUACAUCGACAUGGAGGAGGAGGAGGUGGUGGAGGAGUACCGGCGGGCGGGCAGACUGCACUGCUACGACCCGGACAACGAGUGGAAGAAGCGCUUCGCCAGAGUCUACAAACUCCACCCGUGCCCGUGCAGCAAGCAAAUGGCCGCAGAAAUCGAGGAAUUCACGUUUUACCUCGAGGAAAACGAGGACGACUUCAGGAUGGGGCUUUACUCGUUAAUCGGGCCGGGUGAUCAAUAUUAG